AUGACAGAUUUUGAGGCUCUUUGUGGAUUUAUCACUCUUGAGGAGCUAAAGGAUGUGAUUCAUAACGUUCCCGAAGUUGUCAACCUAGUUGGUGAUGCAAAUGUCGACCUAGUCUUACAAACUAGUGAUCAGACUGAUGAAGAGAAGGUUAAACCUGUUCUACAGGCAGUGUUCACUCAUCUUAUGUCAGCUAGUAAAGAAAUCGUAACCAAAGCAGUGAACAGAUUGAUAAAUCGGCUUCAACUGGAAAGUGAGGUGAGGUCAUUGACAGAAAAGGAGCUGCUCGUGCUGCGGUUGGAGAAUCAAUACCCGUCUACAUAUACUGGUUUGCGGAUAGCGGCUUUCUUUCUAAACCACGUAAAACUCAAUCCCGGGGAAGCAUUGUUCCUCGGAGCAAACGAACCACAUACCCAUAUUCCUCUCCAUGCCGCAUCACCAUCGAUUUCGGCCAAUUCCUUUUGCAACUCAUUCUUCUGUCACUGUCAACAACAAAUAGAAGAAAAGAAUCAGAACUCAGCCAACCUUCCACCCCACUCAUACCUCCCACCUGGUCAAGUUACUGCAUUACAUCCAUAUGUUAUGCAUCAACAAGGAGUGCCCAAUUCUGUUGCAUCACAUGUCCCUCAGUCUCAUGUUGGACAUUUUCAUCCAAUGCCCACAAUGUCACCUCUGCAACAGUGGCAAAAUCAACAGGCUGUUUCAGAGGGUUUGCAGGUGUCCAUACAGGACAACCCAACGUCAUCCCAAGCUGAUCAAAAUUUGAUCAGAUCAGAUGCAAAGUUUAAUUAUGAAAUCUCAGUUAAUGGGCAAACACUUCCUAGAGAAUACUUAGAUGCUCAUGUCCACCAAGGCGAGGAAGUACAAACUGUGGUUUCAUCAUCCGCUGGGGAGACACAAUCGGUUGAUAAAGAUCAACUUAUUGCUUCCCAACAAAGCUUACAACAGAUUUCUUCACAGUUCUCUGAGGCCUUAAGAUUGAACUCUUUUAAAACAAAUGGUGAAAUUAAGAAUCCAGUGACACUAUCGAAUGAUGGACCUGCAAGCCAAAUAUUAUCAACUGAGUAA